UUUCGCUUGAAUUUAAUAUAAUAUAUACAUACAAUUAAUUAUACAUCAUAUAAUUAUUAAUUGCUUCGUUUUUUUGAACGAUUUAAUUACAUCCGGCCUCGUCGUUUUGAUGCGCGCACACAAUUGUAGGGAGUGAUUUUAUUGGAGUAGGAUUCAAUUGUAUUUAUUUUAUAUAUUAGAAAAUAAUGGCGGCGCCGGUGGUGGCGAAUGGCCCUGGAAAAGAAGAGAAUCGCGGCGGCGGCGGCGGCGGCGGGAGCAUCGGCCGUCCCACCAAUCCAAUGGUGACGCCUCUAUUGACGGAUCUCUAUCAGUUCACCAUGGCCUAUGCUUAUUGGAAAGCCGGCAAGCACAACGAACGCGCAGUGUUUGACUUGUAUUUUCGGAAGAACCCCUUCGGCGGAGAAUAUACGGUAUUUGCCGGUCUAGAUGAGUGUAUAAAGUUGAUAGCGAACUUUAAAUUCACGGAAGAUGAGAUUGCUUUUAUUCAAGCCUCUUUGCCACCCUCAUGUGAGAUUGGCUUCUAUAACUACCUCCGGGGAAUAGAUUGCUCUGAUGUGGAGAUACACGCCAUUUCUGAAGGAUUUGUUGUAUUUCCGAAGAUACCAUUGAUGAGGGUUGAAGGGCCGGUAGCUGUGGUUCAAUUGCUUGAAACGCCACUUCUAAAUCUUGUAAAUUAUGCAUCAUUGGUUGCUACAAAUGCUGCGAGACAUCGUUUUGUUGCUGGGAAGUCGAAACUUCUUCUUGAAUUUGGGUUGCGACGGGCGCAGGGACCUGAUGGGGGUAUAGGAGCAUCAAAGUAUUGCUAUAUGGGUGGAUUUGAUGCAACAAGCAAUGUUGCUGCUGGACAAUUGUUUGGAAUACCACUUCGUGGAACACAUUCUCAUGCCUUUGUCAGCUCAUUCAUGAGCCCUGAUGAGAUCGUUGAGAAGUCGCUGAAGAGUUCUGAUGGCUCAAGUGUUUGCAAGGAUUUUGUUAGUUCAGUGCAGUCAUGGUUAAGCAAAUUAAAGCGGUCACAGUUAUUAGGUGGAAUUUUUGGGGAAACAAAUCAAAGUGAAAUAGCUGCUUUUGUUUCAUAUGCACUCGCCUUUCCCCAGAACUUUUUGGCCCUCGUCGACACAUAUGAUGUUAUGAGAAGCGGUAUUCCUAAUUUUUGUGCAGUUGCUCUGGCUCUAAAUGAUUUAGGGUAUAAAGCAGUAGGUAUUAGACUUGACUCAGGUGAUCUUGCCUAUCUCUCGUGCGAGACUCGAAAAUUCUUCCAGGGUAUUGAGAAGGAAUUUAAGAUUGCCGGAUUUGGAAAAACGAGCAUUACAGCAAGUAAUGACCUCAAUGAAGAAACUUUGGAUGCUCUAAACAAACAGGGACACGAAGUUGAUGCAUUUGGAAUAGGAACUCAUUUGGUUACGUGCUAUGCUCAACCCGCACUAGGUGGCGUCUUCAAAUUGGUCGAAAUAAAUAAGCAGCCUCGUAUUAAGCUUUCCGAAGAUGUUUCAAAGGUUUCUAUUCCAUGCAAAAAGAGAAGCUACAGAUUAUAUGGAAAGGAAGGUUAUCCUCUUGUGGACAUUAUGACAGGCGAAAAUGAACCCCCACCAAAGGUAGGUGAGAGAAUAUUAUGUCGUCAUCCUUUUAAUGAAUCGAAGAGAGCAUAUGUGGUGCCACAACGUGUAGAGGAGCUUAUGAAGUGUUUUUGGCCUGGUCAAUCAGGAAAAGUUAGAGAAGAAUUGCAACCGAUUAAAUUGAUCAGAGAACGGUGCAUUAACCAGUUGGACCUAAUGCGACCUGACCACAUGAGGAGGUUGAACCCAACACCGUACAAGGUAAGCGUAAGUGCAAAAUUAUACGAUUUCAUACACUUCCUGUGGCUGAACGAAGCACCUGUUGGAGAGUUGGAAUGAGCGCAUUGCAACAAGACUUCGGAACUUAUGAUCCUCAAAAUAAGUUUUCAUUUUAGUAGUGCAAGUUUACAAUUGUGCCAAAAGGGCUUAGAUUUUAGUUCUUUUUCCUUUUUUUGCUCCGACUUGUCUAAUAGACAUAAUUUGCACAACAUGUUCGCAUCCGAAUGUGUUUGUUGCAUUCUUGUUUUAUGUGUGCAGGAACAAAAAUUUGUUUAUAACUCUUUAUAUUUCCAAGAUACUGAAAAUCUCGUGGCCUUCUUAUGGGUCCGUUCGAGAUUGUGGAUUAGACAUGAUUUAUUUAAUUUUCUAAUCAUGCAGUG